AUGCAAUCAAGACAUUUGGCCGUUCGUUUCGCUGUGAUAUUUGUGAAUCCAACGUUUUCUAAUAGUUUUUUAUAUUCACUCUCAUUGCGUUCAAAUCCAUGGGUCUCAACUAGCAUGACAAGGUCUUGUAAGUUUCAGUGUAAUGGGCCUAUUUUAUUAUCGUCCAUGAUUAGAACAGCUCCAUUUUUCGGUAAACGAUCAUAAAUUUUCUUCAGUAUUUUAAUACCAUCUGCUUCGUCCCAGUCAUGUUAUAUACGAGCUAAUACAUAAAGAUCACCUUCGGGCAAUUCAUCCUUGAAAAAAUCACCUGUUUCAUAUCUAAGACGGUCUGUAACGGCUAUUUUUGUAAAGUAGUUUGUAGCAAAUGCUUUGACAUUCGGUAAAUCAAAUACGAUAGCUUCUAGUUGUGGGUAUUUUAAGGGCCCCUCCCCCCUCAGAAAUUAUCUCCGGCACCGUACAUCCGAUCUUGACGAAACUUUCUGUAAAUGUUCGGCACAAUGAGUUAUGAGAAUGAAAAGAUUUUUUUGUCUCCAAGUCUUAUGGUUUAGGAGUUUUCCAGACAUCAAGGUUCAAAAAGGACCCUGAACGGCGUCCCAAGAUUUUUUAAUAUACUUCAAGCUGGAGAGUUCGGGUUUGUUUUAUUUUAAACUAGACACCUAACUACAUCGAC